AUGCUCCCACCCAAAGCUGCAAAGAAGCCCGUUGCUGCUGGCAAGUCCAGGAGCAGCGCCAACAAGGCCGCUAAGAACCCUCUCUUCGAGAAGACCUCGAAGAGCUUCGGCAUUGGCCAGGACAUCCAGCCGCAGCGCGACCUUACUCGUUUCGUCAAGUGGCCCGAGUACGUCCGCCUGCAGCGCCAGCGUGUCAUCCUUCACCAGCGCCUCAAGGUUCCGCCUGCGCUUGCGCAAUUCAGCAACACGCUGGACAAGAAUACCGCGACGAACCUGUUCAAGCUCUUGAACAAGUACCGCCCGGAGAGCAAGCAGGAGAAGAAGGCGCGUCUCGAUGCUCUCGCCAAGGACGUUGCUGAUGGCAAGAAGGCCGACCCCAAAGCCGACGGCAAGAAGCCCCUUUUCGUCAAGUACGGUCUCAACCACUGCGUUGCCCUGAUCGAGGCCAAGAAGGCUUCGCUCGUUGUUCUCGCUGACGACGUUGACCCGAUCGAGCUCGUCGUCGCCAUCCCGGCCCUCUGCAGGAAGAUGGGCAUCCCAUGGGUCAUUGUCAAGGGAGGCAAGUCGCGUCUCGGUGCGCUCGUUCACAAGAAGACCGCUGCCAUCGCCGUCAUCCAGGACGUCCGCAGCGAGGACCAGCGCGAGCUCGCUAACCUCGUCUCCGCCGCCAAGGCCAACUACGUGGACAAGUACGAGGACGCCCGCCGACACUGGGGUGGUGCCAAGCGUGGUGGCAAGUCGACCGAGAAGCUCCGCAAGCGUGCCAAGGCUGCCGGCACUACCGUCCAGGCCAUCAGCCAGUCAUAAAAACGGACCUGCUCUGGUCACGCUACC